AUGUCGCGGCCGGUCUAUUCCUUGGGGAAACUACUAGAGCUCGGGGACACUGCUAAAGGCUCUCAGGUCAAAGGAUGCUGGAAGCCGCCAGCAGCCUUGGCUUGCUUUCUGGCAGUAGUUCACCCCGACGACAUUGAUGCACCGCAAAAAUAUUGUGAUAUUGCCUAUUCUUCUUGGGAAUCAGCAAAGAGCACGGAUAGACGUGCUCCAGCGCCCUUUGAAGCCGCUCGGAUUUUUGGACCAAUAUCGUGUAUGAUCAGCAUAUCUGGAAAGACGGCUUUCGGUAGUCUGUUUGAGGCCAAUUCGAUAUCCCCAAUGCUCACCAUCAACCCUGGAGUGGGAACUUCUCCCCACGUAGCCUUGGACAUCAAAGCUAGAGCUGGAACGAAAGAUCUGUAUAGCAACAUCUGGAGAGUCAACGACACUUUGAACAAUACUUGGGCUUUGACGUACCUAACAAUCUAUGGGGGUACGGCAGCUAUGCGAGACGAGAAAGUGACACCGUUCGAGGUGCGAGCUCAAUUACCGAACGAAACUUAUUUUGAAGACCUGGUGUGUAUGGAAUUCACUUCUUGGGCUCAGGUGAUAGACCGUGGAACUGCGCACAAUUCUUCUGUCCUCAAACAGGGCCAAUCUGAAUCCACCCGAGAAGCUUUGGAUGUCCUCUUUGAACCAAGACGGCCUUACAGAAUCAAAGUCUGGUUUCUUUCUCCGACCGAUUUCGAAUCGCUAAGAAGCAAGGUGAUCAUCUUUCUUGAAAAGUCCUUAGCUGGAAUGGUACUACCCCUCCUUUGUUUCCAGGAUUCGAAAUUCGAGUAUUUCCUAGACUAUCUCAAUCGGAUUCAAAGGCCAGCUGAUAGAAGAUUUGGGGGGUUGCACCGAAAGCAUGACGAGUGGAACGACCCAGCGGAGCGAAGGGUGCGAAGGCUGUAUAUGUCAGCGGCGAGCGGGGAUCAGAGACAGCAGGACCAUAACCUCAAACCCUAG